AAAGUACGGAGCACAAAUUUUAACAAUGUCGUGGUCUUGGGCGGACUUUAUUCCGUUUUAUGAACUAUUCUUCGGCGAGGAAUUGGUAGAAGCGGUACCGGAGAAAGAAAUUGGUUAUUUCGGCAGCCUAUUCCCAGAUUGCGUUACCUUGCAUGAGACAUACGAGCAGGCUGUGGAGCAGAUUCGUCUCUUCCAAGGCCCAGAUGAAGCUGAAGAAACGAUUAAUCGUCUCCACCUUGAUCUCUGCACGACCGUGUUCUUUGCGACCACCAGUUUCUUAUUGAUUAUGUACGCCGCCAAGACUGCUUUCAGAUACGGCAAGCCUUGCUUGUUGGCGUUGUCUGAAACACUGGCCAAACUAUCAUCGAGAAACGUUGAAACCAAGGUGAAAAAGUUGGACACCAGAAUGAACUUCAUGGAGAAUAUUCUAACUGAAACCUUCAAGCAUUUGUCGGUUACCAAUGUAGCUGCUGCAAGUCGUAAGGAGUUGGGUGGUUUGAUUGAUAAACAGGUUAACAUGCUCACUUCAACUAAAGAAAAGCUGGAUAAUAUAAGUGGAACUAUCCGAAGCAUGUUGGAGACACCAAAACAUACCGGAGGAGAUCAGCUGUCAGCCAACACUGAUGACUUGCCCAGCGAGGGGAAUACGGGAGUGGGCUCCAAAUAAGAUGAAAUAACUUAAAUAAAUAAAGAUUACGAACGGCUGCGAUUAAAA